ACACUUGUAGAAAAGAAGGUGUGAUACUUUGAGAAUAUGUAAUGAUGUCCCCUUGGAUUAAAAAUCUACUAAGGUUAUCUUUCUCAUCAUCAUCACAAAUCAGCCACAAAUUCCCAAUGGAAAUUGAAAUAAAGCUCCGGCUACCGGACUCCGCCGCCCACCAGAAACUCUCCGACAUCCUCUCACUCUACCACACCAAAACCCACCUCCAACAAAACCUCUUCUUCGACACCCCACAACUCACUCUCGCCACCACCCACCUCGCCGCCCUCCGCCUCCGCUUCUACGACCUCGACACCCAAUCAAUCCUCUCACUCAAAUCAAAACCCAAACUCUCCAACGGCAUCAGCCGCAUUGAAGAAAUCGAACACCCCCUUGACCCCACCCUCGCCCGCGCCUGCGCCGCCGAGCCCCGGCGGUUCUCGGCGGUGCAGGGAUCGGGGGUGUUGGAGAGGGUGGUGGGGGAGUUUGGGGUGGGGUUGGAUGAGCUUGUGUGUUUAGGGGGGUUUAGGAAUGUAAGAGCUGUUUAUAUUUGGAAUGGGUUGAAGGUGGAACUGGAUGAAUCGGAAUAUGAGUUUGGGGUUUGUUAUGAGGUUGAGUGUGAGAGUGAUAGGCCGGAGGAAGUGAAAGUAAUGCUUGAAGAGUUGUUGGAGCGGAAUGGGAUUCGGUUUUGUUAUUCGAAGAUGUCGAAAUUCGCGGUUUUUAGAUCGGGGAAGUUGCCUGAGUUCGGGUUCGAUGUACUUGUAACUUGUGAACUCGAAACAUAUGAAGACGUCGAUGAUGAUCCUUUAGUAAGAACCCGAUAUUCUAUGAUGAGAGAACAAUGAUGAUCUAUGGAAUGUUUGUAGCGUUGUUGCCGGUGAUGAUAAUAUUGUCAACAUAGACGAACAUAUAUGAGCAACGCACCUCUACAAGCAUAAAUAAAUGUAGAUGCAUUUGUCCCGUAUAAACGACCUAGGACAAGGAAUACACAAGGAACGGAUCAACGGAUCAUGAAUCCAUCUUGUGUGGGUUACAUGACCACACAGAUUAUGGAUCAAUAUGGCUUUAAGUCUUUAACGGUUAUAAUUUUCAUAGAAACCGAACAUUUGUUGCAGUCACUAUUGUUAUUACCUUAUUAAGGAAUAAAGUCCAGCUUUAUAUGGUUCCUUAACAACAUGUCUUAAUGCUUAUAUGACUGAAAAAUAAAGGUUUUAGAUCAAAGUUUUAUUCUCAAAGAUAAAGGCUUGUGUGGAAGGUGAUCAUGUUUCGAAGGACGACCCAUGUAUAGUCUAUCGAUAUCGCUAUUCCCUAAGCCUAUAGAUGUCAUGGUUAAGUGUUUGCCUAUUUGGAAAGUUUUCAGGACUACCGGUGGUUAGGAAAGAGGCAAAUUUAUAUGAAAAAAUAUACCUUGUUAAACGUUAUAGGGGUGUCUAGUGCCCUUGUGAAACAACUACAACUUAUUGUUUGCCAUUUGGUUGAACUUUAGGUUAACUUCUCCUUGGUUUAAAAAAGCGUGUCUUAGGCGCGAGGCGACCUAAGGCGCAAACCUUUGCGCCUUAUGUGACAUAAGGCGCACAGUGUACAAAAGGCGCAGGUGAGGCGCGCUUUUUAGGGUCAAAAUUUGACAUGAGGCGCAGGUGAGGCGCGUGCCUGUUGUACAUGGCUUGUUUUUGUGCGGCUGAGUGUUGUACAACAGGCUUUUUAUGUUGUACAUUUAUGUUUUUUUUUUUUUUCAUUUUCAGAUAUAUAUAUAAAGCUUAAUUAUAGCUAAAUCAUAGGUAGGGGAUGCUAAAAACCUAUGAGAUAUAUAUAAUAAAUUAUAAAAUCACUUUGCACCUUGCGUGCGAAAAGCUCACCGCUUUUGCGCCUCGGUUUUAGACCCCGUCGCUUUUGUGCGCUUCGUGCUUUUUAAACUAAGAACUUCACUAAGCAAUGUUCCAUCUUUUUAAGUAUGAUAAUCUCAUCAUCUCUUAUUUCUUUAUUUAUUAUUUUUUUUAAUUAUUAUUAUUAUUAUUAUUAUUAUUAUUAUUAUUAUUUUGGCAAAUUGGAAAAUAAUAAUCCCAUCUUUCUGAAAUUGGCUGAUAAUAAUCCCAAGUCAGUUAUUAGCCAUAUGGGGACAAUCGGCGACUUUGAUUGAACUUUGGAAAAGCAAAUGUGCAAUCGUCUAAUGGAGUACACAAUUGGCUUAUUCAAAAACGUAUAUACCCAAAAAUUUCUAUACAACCGGAGGGUCGAAAACGUAUAUACCCAAAAAUUUCUAUACGAAAGCUACAUACAUAACACUACUGAGCGAAAAGUUCUCCCCCCCCCCUUUUCUAACCUUCGCCCCUGGUGAAAGCAUACAUGUGAUCAUAUUAUC